AUGGCUCAACUCCUGAAUAGCAUACUCAGUGUGAUCGAGGUAUUCCACAAAUAUGCCAAAGGGAAUGCGGACUGUGCCUUACUAUGCAAGGAAGAGUUGAAACAACUGCUCUUGGCUGAGUUUGGAGACAUCCUCCGGAGACCAAAUGACCCAGAGACUGUGGAAACCAUCUUGAACCUCUUAGAUCAAGACCGAGAUGGACAUGUUGAUUUUCAUGAGUACCUCUUAUUGGUGUUCCAGUUGGUCCAAGCCUGCUAUCAUAAGCUAGACAAUAAGUCAUAUGGAGGCAGGACCUCACAGCAAGAAAGGGGGCAGAAAGGAGCACAAGACCGUAAGUUCCCAGGAAACACAGGCAGACAACACAGACAGAGGCAUGAGGAAGAAAGGCAGAACUCCCACCACAGUCAGCCUGAGAGACAAGACGGAGAUUCCCACCGCAGUCAGCCUGAGAGACAAGAUAGAGAUUCUCACCACAAUCAGUCUGAGAGACUAGACAAGGAUUUCAGCUUUGAUCAGUCAGAGAGACAAAGUCAAGACUCCAGCUCUGGUAAAAAAGUGAGUCACAAAUCUACCAGUGGCCAGGCUAAAUGGCAGGGACAUAUCUUUGCCUUAAAUCGGUGUGAAAAACCAGUACAGGGUUCUCAUUAUGGUCAGUCUGAAAGACUUGCACAACAAUCUGAAACACUUGGACAAGCCUCUCGCUUUAACCACACAAAUCAGCAGAAAUCAGGCUCUUAUUGUGGACAGUCUGAGAGGCUGGGUCAGGAAUUAGGCUGUGGUCAGACAGACAGACAAGGCCAGAGUUCCCACUAUGGUCAGACAGACAGACAAGACCAGAGUUAUCAUUACGGUCAGACAGACAGACAAGGCCAGAGUUCCCACUACAGUCAGCCAAACAGACAAGGCCAGAGUUCCUACUAUGGUCAGACGGACAGACAAGACCAGUAUUAUCAUUAUGAUCAGACAGACAGACAAGGCCAGAGUUCCCACUACAGUCAGCCAGACAGACAAGGCCAGAGUUCCCACUAUGGUCAGACGGACAGACAAGGCCAGUAUUAUCAUUAUGAUCAGACAGACAGACAAGGCCAGAGUUCCCACUACAGUCAGCCAGACAGAGAAGGCCAGAGUUCCCACUAUGGUCAGACAGACAGACAAGACCAGAAUUAUCAUUACGGUCAGACAGACAGACAAGGCCAGAGUUCCCACUAUGGUCAGACGGACAGACAAGGCCAGUAUUAUCAUUAUGAUCAGCCAGACAGACAAGGUCAGAGUUCCCACUAUGGUCAGCGAGACAGACAAAGCCAGAAUUCCCACUAUGGUCAGCCAGACAGACAAAGCCAGAGUUCCCACUACGCUCAGACAGACAGACAAGGCCAGAGCUAUCAUUAUGGUCAGCCAGACAGACAAGGCCAGAGUUCCCACUAUAUUCAAUCACAGACUGGGGAAAUACAAGGGCAAAAUAAGUACUUACAAGGGACUGAAGGAACAAGAAAAGCCUCUUAUGUUGAACAAUCAGGAAGAUCAGGGAGGCUAAGUCAACAGACUCCAGGACAGGAAGGGUACCAAAACCAGGGACAGGGAUUCCAGUCUAGGGACUCACAGCAGAACGGCCACCAGGUAUGGGAGCCUGAAGAGGAUAGCCAACACCACCAACACAAACUCUUAGCACAAAUCCAACAAGAAAGACCACUUUGUCACAAAGGGAGAGACUGGCAAUCAUGCAGUAGUGAGCAGGGCCACAGACAGGCCCAGACCAGACAGAGUCAUGGUGAGGGGCUGAGCCACUGGGCAGAGGAAGAGCAGGGCCAUCAAAGUUGGGAUAGACACAGCCAUGAGGGUCAGGAAGGUCCAUGUGGGACACAGGACAGGCGAACCCAUGAAGAUGAGCAGAACCAUCAGAGACAAGACAGGCAAACCCAUGAAGAUGAGCAAAACCACCACAGACAAGACAGACAAACCCAUGAAGAUGAGCAGAGCCAUCAGAGACGAGACAGGCAAACCCAUGAAGACGAGCAGAACCGUCAGAGACGAGACAGGCAAACCCAGGAAGACGAGCAAACCCGUCAGAGACGAGACAGGCAAACCCAUGAAGAUGAGCAGGACCGUCAGAGACGAGACAGGCAAACCCAUGAAGACGAGCAGAACCGUCAGAGACGAGACAGGCAAACCCAUGAAGACGAGCAGAACCAUCAGAGACGAGACAGGCAAACCCAUGAAGAUGAGCAGAACCAUCAGAGACGAGACAGGCAAACCCAUGCAGAUGAGCAGAACCGUCAGAGACAAGACAGGCAAACCCAUGAAGAUGAGCAGAACCGUCAGAGACAAGACAGGCAAACCCAUGAAGAUGAGCAGAACCGUCAGAGACGAGACAGGCAAACCCAUGAAGAGGAUCAAAACCAUCAGCAACAACAUAAUAGACAAAACUAUGAGGAGAAAGAGAGGUAUCAAGGACCUCAGAAUCAAAAAUCCCAAGUGACCCAGAGAAGCUGUCCUAACAGAGAAAAAUUCCACAUGAAAGAGGAUGACCAGAGCCAAGGCUCACAGAAAAGACACACUGAACCAUCCUUCUAUCCAACCCAGAGCAGUGGGAGGCCCCAAAGCAGAGAACAGCGUGGUCACCCUACCAAGGGAGCUACUGCUCCCAACCCCCUCUAUGACUAUAUGCAAGAACAGAAAUCCUACCGGUACUAG